AUGAUAAACAAAACGUCAGUCAAAGAAUUCAUUCUUCUGGGACUUACAGAUGAUCCAGAGUUACAAAUUGUGAUAUUUUUCUUUAUGCUGUUUACAUAUUUACUGAGUGUAAGUGGAAACAUGACUAUCAUAAUAUUGACCUUAUUGAAAGUCACUCUGAAGACUCCUAUGUAUUUCUUUCUCAGGAAUUUCUCUUUCUUAGAAAUAUCAUUUACAACAGUAUGUAUACCUAGAUUUCUGAUAAGUAUUGCUACAGGGGACAUAAUCAUUUCCUAUAAUGCUUGCAUGGCACAAGUAUUUUUUUUAAUCCUCUUGGGUGCAACAGAGUUUUUUCUUCUGGCUGUUAUGUCAUAUGACCGUUAUGUGGCUAUCUGCAAACCUCUACAUUACACAACUAUCAUGAGCAACAAAGUCUGCAAUCGGCUUGUAAUGGGCUCCUGGCUGGCUGGUUUUCUUGUUAUUUUUCCACCUGUGAUUAUGGGGCUCCAACUGGAUUUCUGUGAUUCCAACAUUAUUGACCAUUUCACUUGUGACUCUUCACCUAUGUUGCUCAUUGCUUGUACAGACACAAAGUUUCUAGAGCUUAUGGCAUUUUUCUUAGCAGUAUUCACACUCAUGGUAACUUUGGCUUUAGUGAUUCUCUCCUAUUCCCUCAUUCUUAGAACAAUUCUGAAGAUCCCUUCAGCCCAGCAAAGGAAAAAGGCAUUUUCUACUUGUUCUUCUCACAUGAUUGUGGUUUCAAUUUCCUAUGGAAGCUGCAUUUUCAUGUAUGUGAAAACAUCAGCAAAAGAAGGAGUGGAUCUUAGCAAAGGUGUAGCAGUACUUAAUACCUCUGUUGCUCCCAUGUUGAAUCCAUUUAUUUACACCUUAAGGAAUCAGCAGGUGAAACAGGCCCUUAAGGACUCAAUUAAGAGAAUGUUAUUAUCAAACAAGGGCUAA